AAGAGACAUGGGUCGUACAUCCAGGAAAUGGGUUGUUCUUGCACAUCACUAGGCCCAACGUUCACAUUAGUUGCAAUCUGUAGGGUUGGGUACCUUUCACAUUUCAACCGAUUUUAUACAGUCUAUGGUUACAAUCCGAUUGUCAAAAAGAAUCUGCAUGUAAACGACGUGGCUAGGAAAUUCUGCGAAAUGCAGUAAUUGAAUCCGGGCAAAGUGGACAGAUCCUUUGUCAACACACAAUAUAGUCUUGACGAUUUUAUUUAGGUAGCCUACUAUUUUUCAAGAACAGCUUUCAUGUAGGACCUACAACACCCAUCAUGCAAUUCGAUCAAUUUUACCAUCCAACAGCAACAGGAAGCCUUUCCAGAGGUAGCUUAGCGCUCAUCGAAUGAACAAAGUGAGUCAAGUCCUAAACGUAACUGAAUGGUUAGUUUAUUGUGACGGGAUGUAGCAUGCUAGCGUCAGUGAAGGUGUAGCAUGGCAGACAGCUUGUGUGAGAUGGCAAGUCGAACAUCCUUUUUCAUUGGACCUGAAGGUGACUUCAUGUAGCCUAGCUUGUUGCUUUAAACCUGCAUUGCCAUGGAGACCGGGGCAGGAAGUGAGCUCAGUGAAUCAGAGAUUGUGGAAUCCAUCUCCCAGGAGUCACCACACCCUCCUCCACAGCCACCCUCUGGGAAACUGAGGAAGACCGCCUUUAAGUUCUUCAGCAGCCGCAAGAGCAUCUGCGUGCUGCCCAGCUUCUUCGGUGGGCUCGGGAAAGGCCAAAGCCGAGGGUCCUCCAAGAGUGGCGUCACCAAGAGCAGGACGCACGACGGCGUGAGCCGAGGAUGCUGGGACGACGGCGUCAGGGGGAGCGGCGACAUCGCGGCCGGAGACUUUGAAUUUCGUGCGCAGCGAGACUGCGGAGGCGGGGCUGAGUCGCAACGGGGAACAGGGGAGACUUUGAAGUCACAAUUCCUGCCAUGGCAGAGGAGGGGCCUUCGAGGCCUCUUCAGCAGCAUCAGGAGACACAAGAGGAGCAAGAAUGUAGAGAAAAUCUCGAGCCUGGAGAUGUUGCCCAGUGCCUGUAACGUGCCUGUCGCCCAGGUGGACGCCGGUCGUCACAGCAGCAGUGACGAUGGCCACCUGGGCAGCGUGUUGGAACCGGUUGUGCCUGACUCCGCUAACGGCAGGGAGGGCGUUGUGUACGCCGCCGCUGAAUGUAUGAAAGCUGACGUGUUAGUGCCUGAGAUGAGGACGAGGGGGGUGGGAGAGGGGAACCUCGAGGAAGAGGAGGACGAGGAGGAGGAGGAGGAGGAGGUGGGGGAGAAGAGGAGGAGGAGUGGAGUGGAGACAGCUGCUGAGGAAACAGAGGUUAUCCAGAGGGGUGUUCCCGGCACAUAUCGGCAGCCCCUGUGUGCCGACUCGGAGCUGGUGCGUCUUGCCGAGCAAAACCCAGAAGGGGCGGACUGCGACCCCCCGGCUGCGUCUUCCUCCUCUGACCACGCCAGCCUGGUCUUUGGCGACGUGGCGUCCCUAAAGAGCUUUGACUCGCUCACGGGCUGCGGCGACAUCAUCGCCGACCAGGACGACGACAGCGUCGCCGAAAGCUCGGUGUCGGGCGAGCGGGGCAGCCGCAACGCCGGCAAGCGCAGCUCGUGCUUUGUCUCGUACCAGGGCGGUGGCGAAGAGAUGGCCACACCUGACGAGGUAGACGGCGACUACCUGCAGGGCCUGUGGGAGGCCGAGGCUGCCAACGAGGCGUGCUACGUCCCCGACGAGCAUUCCGACGACCUGCCAAUCACCCCGGACCAGCCUAUCAGCUCGCUGCACACCAUCACUACCCCGACCACCAGCAGCAGCGAUUGCGGCGGCAUCAGCAGCAACACCGACAGCAGUCCCCUCGGCGUGUUGGAGACGGUCCUGAGCCCAGGCGACCUCAUGACCCCUCAGAGUGACCACCAGGAGUCGGUCCCCAACAGCGACGAGGGCUACUACGACUCCACCACGCCCGGCGCGGACGAUGACGCACGCGAACGGCCAGCGCCGAGACCUGAGCGGCUGCCGCGCGACAGCUACAGCGGUGACGCCCUGUAUGAGCUCUUCGAGCCCGAUGACCGGCUCCUCAGCCCGGCUCUGGCCGGUGAUGGUGACCCGUGCGACUUCCUUGGGAUGUCCCUGCCGGGCAGCGACGAGGGUAAGGGAAGCCCCAUUUACUCCCUGAAGACGGGCGCCAUGGACACGCGCGCCAUGGAGACCGAGGAGGUCCACCUGACCAAGAUCCAGCAGGCGCUUCUGUGCUGUGAACUUCAGAGUCUCAGGACGACGGGCAAGGACCCGCUGCUGUUCAACCGAGGCCCGUACUACACCGACUCGGACCUCCCUCUGGGCAGCUGCAAGGCGGGCAAGAAACAUCUGGAGGAGCCCUUGAGCCCCAGAGGCACCAGGCUAGCUCCUGUGCGCCAUGCCUUAGAGGAUGCUUCUCUCUCCUCCGACGGGGGGUCAGGGCCCCAGAUGCAGGACAAUCCCACGUACUCCCAGAUCCCAAGUCCACUGCAGGAGUCGGGACCCUACCUGCAGCGUGACCAGUGCAGCCCUCCGGCCGCCCAGCCCCACGGUCUCUCACUGCCCAGCGGCGGCCAUUCCCAGGAGGAGCUGACGGUGUGCUUCUCGCAGGCGCUGGUGGACUUCACGAAGCGCUCGCGCGUCUACUGCAACUCCACGGAGAGCCUGGACGGCUCCGAGUCCAGCUCGCCGUUCGGACAGAACCUGCAGGCCCUGCCGACCAUCGUGACCUUCGAUGUGGUGGACAUGGAGAACGAGGGCGAGUUCGAGCAGCAGACGGAGGAGGGCGUGGAGGAGGAGCUGGCGUCUCCGUUCGAGCCCUUUGAGCCGUUCGAGGACGAGAGCUGCUACCUGCAGAAGGACGCGUUCGCCGAGUGCGACGAGCGCCUGUUCGACGCGUACGAGCAGAGCCUGCUGCUGGACAACAACGCGUGGGGCAUCACCAGCCUGCCGCGCCACCUCAGCUCCGGACGCGCUAGCCAGACCGCUGCGCCGCCACUGGCCCUCAACCGCCGCAGCCGCUCACUCGACACCGACAGCCUGGAGCUGUGCGCGAGCAGCGACGCUGCGGCCACAGCUGGAGGAACGCCGUACGAGACCGCGAGAACAGCCAGCUCGCUUCACCGCAAAAAGAAGAACGCCCACGUCUCUGCCGCCCCAGGUCAAGCCAGGGGGGGCCUGAACCAGCAGCCAGCGGCGACCAGGGAUGGCCGAAGACACGGCCACGGUCAGGGUCUCCUGGAGCCAGUGUCGGUUUCAAACUCUGUGUCCCAGAAACAGCCUUCCGCGUGUCCCCCUCCAUCCGAGACGCAUCCUGCCAGCAAGCCGGCCCUCCAGGCUGCCAUCAGGCCCUCCGACCUGCCUCUGCAGGCAGCACCCUCCCUCCGCGGCCGCAACCCAGCUGGGGCAUCUGCGGGGGGUAAUGGGGCAUUUCUUGGAGCCAACCACCAGUCAUCGGGAGAGGGCUUGGAGGUUUUUUACCGUUGCGGCCUGGCGGAGUCCGGUCAUUCCCAGGGCAAAAUGCGCCCAGUCGGGGUGACGCAGGGGGUCCCCCACCUCUGCCCCAGGGCUAGCGGUUCCCCCUGGGCCAGAUCGGACAAAGAGCGAGCGCUUAGUGGAAAGAGUAUGAAGGCGGUGGAGGUGGGCUAUGGUGGUCCCACUCAGAGCAAACGCUCCACGUAAUUGAAGCCCCGAUUCAGAUCAGAUGUGCAAUCUGCAGCCGGACCCUCAUCACCACCAAAGACCCUGCUGGAUGUCUCCUCAGCACUAUUCAUUUCUUUGGAAUACCGACUCUUCGCUCUUUCACAGUUUCUCUCUUUCUGUCUCUCUCUCUCUCUCUCUCUCUCUCUGUUACCCAUGCACACACUCUUUGUCCUGGUCAUUCUAUGUCGUCCAUCUCUUAUUCCUUGGGGUUAUGUUUUACUUAAGUAUGUUGCUGAUAAAUAAGCUAGCGUCAUUACUUUCAUUCUCAAUUAGUUUUUUAGCACAUACCACACAAUACUAUUUUUAUGUGAAAUGUUACAUCUAUGUAGCGAUUUUAUGAAGAGGUCACCUGUUUUGGUAAUUUUUUUGGUAAAAAUACAAUAUUUAUUACAGAAACUGAAACCUGUCGAUACAGUACACCACACACAGUUUAGGUGCUAGCACUCAAAAUGUAACUUAUGUCGUGAUAAUGCAUUUGAAGUGUCAAAAAAGUAUAUUUUUUACUUUAUGCGUGAAUGACAUGUUCAGUGCAUUUUCCUCCCUUUUCUCUGUACUCUCAAACAUUUCAUUUGUUACACUAUCAGUAUUUUAGCGUUUACACUUUUCCUACUUGUGAGAGUUUUGAUCUUCAUUUGUACUACGUUUAUAUCAAUUUAUUGUUUUGCUGAUGAUUUUGUAAUUGUGCAACUCACAGGUGUACACUACCGUACUGGAUGUUUCCAAAAAAGCUUCUAUCAUUCUGGGUUUUUUUUCUUUGCUACUGUAAAACAAUAUUGUUACACAAGUCAUGUUUAGUAUUCACUGUAACAAGUUACUGGAGAAAUGAGCAGAGGUGCGUUCAAAUUUGCAAACAUAGGCGAAGGUUUGCAAACGGUUUUCUGUUUGCUUUGAGUUCUUGGCGAACACUCGCAAGGAGUCUGAGGAGGUAGUUCUCUGCAAACAUACAGUGGAGCUUGACGAAGCAUUACUGGAAUGUUUACACCAAAUCGUUCAAAUUUAACUGUUCAGAUAAAACAUAUUCUCCACGAACGUUCGCCACUGUUUGCAGCCAAACAACACGCACCUCAGUUAUUUACCACCUCAAGUCAUCUACCAGGGGGUAUUCCAAGUACUGUACGUGGUUUAGUGACAAACCUGGGCAAGUAAACCUCCUACAAGAGCCCUAUGGCAUUGUUUUGUUUGGAGAAUAAAGCCAUACAGCUCUUCUAUUAGGAGGUUUACCACUUACUCUGAGUUAACUUCACCCAGGUUUGUCACUAAACCACAUACUUGGAAUGCCCCCCUGAUCUGCCAUCAACUUCAGAUCCUCUUGUCCAAACGCUGGUGUAUGUGGGUUAAGCUGAAAUGCCUCUCUUGCCUAGAGUUAGGAAAUGAAAGUUGUUUGUUUUGUCUUUGAACGACACCGGAUGGUAUAACAUGACUUGAAUGUCAGUUCAUUAAGUCACCAGUUGUGGAAUAUGUAUGAAAAAAAGAUAUAGUAGUUUACCUCAAGUAUUAGUUAACAGUUAGAUCGAAGCAAUGAUCUUCCACCAUGGAACUACAACUACAUACAAAUAGAUUACUGGAGAUUUUAAACUUUUGAAACUGUAGAUCAGUUCCUCCACAUUUUCAGAGUGAACUUUCUGCUGUCUUUGACCUAGUCAGUGAGUAGGCGUUUAGAAUGUAAAUCACUGCCGUGUUGACCGCUCGUCACUGAUGUAUCCAUGAGCUGUAUGACGAGCUGAAAUCUGGGUGCACCCUCUACAUCACACAUGGGAGCAGCUUGUCAGUCACUAAACGUUUUUGUUUCUUUCUCUUAUGCUGUGUAUGAAUGUCAAACCAGCAGUCACAGCGCGGAUGAUUUCAUAUCUUGUGGUCAGUGAGGUCAGACACCAAAGUCGUCGCUGUGCUCUUAAUGUUUCAGUUGUGUUAUCUCCAGGUGUGUAUUCCAAGUAAGUGGUUAAGUGACAGGUCUGGGUAAGUUAACCCAAAGGAAGUGGUAAACCUCCUAAUAGAAGAGCCCUUUGGCUUUAUUUAGUUUGGAGAUUAAAGCACUGGGGCUACACUAGUAUCUUGGUUUGCCCCAUCAUCUACUUGGAAUCAUGGCCUGCUCUGGAGAGAGAGAGAGUCUGUCUGUGUGUGUGUGUGUGUGUGUGUGUGUGUGUGUGUGUGUGUGUGUGUGUGUUGGAGAAAACAAGCAAAACAAUCAACAACAGUUUCAUGGCUGAAUUCAUUUUUAGUACAUUCUGGAUUUGUGUCGCCACAUUGUUGAUCUAAUGUUUCUGAAUGUGCACAUGGCAUUUGGCUUCGUUUGCCUAAAACCAUGACAAAAAGCUGUUUUGUAUCUAUGGAUGUAUAUGUAUAUGUAUAUACAUAUGUAUGUAUGUAUGUGUGUGUAUAUAUAUAUAUAUAUAUAUAUAUAUAUAUAUAUAUAUAAAAAAAAUAUUACGCAAGCAUUGAAUGUUCCAGCACUUUGGCAGAACAUUUGUAGACAACCAUAGCCUUUCAUGUUUUAACACCACGACCACUCUAGCUGAGAGAACCAAUGUCACCUUCAGUGCUUUAGUAGACCUCACGCUGACUGAAGAAUCCAGUCCAACCACACCCCCCCCCUCAGCUGAAAAUAAACACCAUCUUCAGUGA